CGCGGCUGAGGGAGCCACAGCGCCGGCCCGGCUCAGCCCCCCGUUGGACGCCGACCUGAGGAGCCGGAAUGAUGUAUUUGGUGCCUUGGACGUGAAAUAAGCAUAAUUCUGCUGCUGUAAGCAUAGGGCUGAGGACCGAUGUGGGAAAUAUGGACCUAAUGAAUGGGCAGACGAGCAACGUUAAUAUUGCAGCUACUGCUUCUGAGAAGAGUAGCAGCUCUGAGUCACUAAGUGACAAAGGUUCUGAACUGAAGAAAAGUUUUGAUGCUGUGGUAUUUGAUGUUCUCAAAGUUACACCAGAGGAAUAUGCGGGUCAGAUAACACUCAUGGAUGUCCCAGUAUUUAAAGCUAUUCAACCAGAGGAGCUGUCAAGUUGUGGAUGGAAUAAAAAAGAGAAGUAUAGUUCUGCACCAAAUGCAGUAGCCUUCACAAGGAGAUUUAAUCACGUAAGCUUUUGGGUUGUAAGAGAGAUUCUUCAUGCACAAACAUUAAAGAUAAGAGCUGAAGUUUUGAGCCACUAUAUUAAAACCGCCAAGAAACUGUAUGAGCUGAAUAAUCUACAUGCCCUUAUGGCAGUCGUGUCUGGUUUACAAAGUGCCCCCAUCUUCAGACUCACCAAAACAUGGGCGUUACUGAGUCGAAAAGACAAAACUACCUUUGAAAAGUUGGAAUACGUUAUGAGUAAAGAAGAUAAUUACAAAAGACUUAGGGAUUAUAUCAACAGUUUGAAGAUGACACCUUGCAUUCCAUAUUUAGGUAUCUAUCUGUCUGAUUUGACAUAUAUUGACUCAGCAUAUCCAUCUACUGGCAGCAUCUUGGAAAGCGAACAAAGAUCAAAUUUAAUGAACAACAUCCUUCGAAUAAUUUCAGAUUUACAGCAAUCCUGUGAAUAUGAUAUUCCCAUGUUGCCUCAUGUCCAAAAAUAUCUAAACUCCGUUCAGUACAUAGAAGAGCUACAAAAGUUUGUGGAAGAUGACAAUUACAAACUUUCAUUAAAGAUAGAGCCAGGGACCAGUACACCACGUUCUGCUGCUUCCAGGGAAGAUUUAGUAGGUCCUGAAGUAGGGGCGUCACCACAGAGUGGACGAAAAAGCAUUGCAGCAGAAGGAGCCUUGCUACCCCAAACACCCCCAUCACCUAGGAACCUGAUACCACAUGGCCACAGGAAAUGCCAUAGCCUGGGCUACAAUUUUAUUCACAAAAUGAACACAGCAGAAUUUAAAAGUGCAACAUUCCCUAAUGCGGGACCAAGACAUCUAUUGGAUGACAGUGUCAUGGAGCCCCACGCACCGUCCCGGGGGCAGGCUGAGAGCUCAACUCUUUCCAGUGGAAUAUCAAUAGGUAGCAGUGAUGGUUCAGAACUUAGUGAAGAAACUUCAUGGCCUGCUUUUGAAAGGAACAGAUUAUACCAUUCUCUCGGUCCGGUGACAAGAGUGGCACGAAAUGGCUAUCGAGGCCACAUGAAGGCCAGCAGUUCGGCUGAAUCUGAAGAUUUGGCUGUGCACUUGUACCCAGGAGCAGUUACAAUUCAGGGUGUUCUCAGGAGAAAGACACUAUUAAAAGAAGGCAAAAAACCUACGGUAGCAUCUUGGACGAAAUAUUGGGCAGCAUUAUGUGGGACUCAGCUUUUUUACUAUGCUGCCAAAUCUCUGAAGGCUACAGAGAGAAAACAUUUUAAAUCUACAUCUAACAAGAAUGUGUCAGUGGUAGGGUGGAUGGUGAUGAUGGCUGAUGACCCCGAACACCCAGAUCUCUUCUUACUGACAGACUCUGAGAAAGGAAACUCAUACAAGUUUCAAGCUGGUAAUAGAAUGAAUGCAAUGCUGUGGUUCAAACAUCUGAGUGCAGCCUGCCAAAGCAACAGACAACAGGUUCCUGCCAACUUGAUGACUUUUGAAUAAAAGCCUGAGAGCCUGAAAAAGAAGACUUGAUGAACUAUGGACUGUGUGUUGCCCUUAAGUAGGGGAGAGGACCCGUGCCAGCUAACAAACUUAAUUCCGUGCCAGGACAGAGCCAAGACGCUCAGUCUCAAGACUUUGGAGUACUGAACAAACAAAAAAAGCACUAAUUUCAGGGAAUGGAGUCACAGUUAGUGAUGUUCCCAGAGUGAAAUUUGGAGUUGAAACAUGAACUGCCAUGGACCAUGCUUCUUAAUUAUCUCUGAACUGACCUGUGGAAACCACUGCCUUAAAGAGUGAAAGGAAAACCAACAAGAAACACCAAAUAGUGUGUGUGAAUCUUCUGGCGGUGCUGUGCUUGAUAGAUUGUAGCUAGUUUGCAUUUCUUUUAACUUUGUACUAAUUUUGGAGGGGGGAAAAAAUCACCUUUUUUAGAUAUUCUUUAAAAAGAGUAAAACAUUUCUUAGGGGUUGCAACGAGCUGAGUUUGAACUGGGGAUAUAAAGGUACUUUGAGUUCUAGGGAUUAUACCAGCAGCCCUCUUUAGGAGCUUGUUUCAGUCUCCACUGUUCAGCCCCACUCAUUCUCUCAGACCAGGUGUGUAAGAACUGUAAUAUUGUGAAGCUUUGGGUGUUUUUUUUUAAACACUAAACUUGCAAACCUUAGUACUAUAUGGGAACAUCAUUUCCUGAAAGAGACACAAAGGCCGAAUGUUCAUACACCAGACAGGUUUCUUUGUUAAUAUGGUAGAGAACAAGGUUGUUUCUAACUGUUUAGAAUACAGGCUAGUAGUCUAAUUCUUUGUGUUAGUGUACAACCAGAAGGUAUACUUAGGAGAAAACUACUGUUUUCCUGUCCUAGGCAUUUUCCUGCCUAAGAUGGUUUUCACAGUACCACAUCUAAAAAUUAGGAUGGUGUUUUCCUUAGAAGUCUAUUUUCCAACCUCUUUUAAUUGGUGUCAUUAGUCUGUCUGAUUUCAAAGUGUUAUGUACCUGUUGGUUUCAACCUUCAGGAGUUUUCAUUUUGCAGUGUUCAAAGUGCACAGUGCCAGAGUUUUUUUCUUUAUUAUUAUUUUCAGCUAACAUUAACAUUCAAGGUGAGCUUCAGUAGCACUUUGACUUUAAGAACAAGGAAAACCUUUUCUAAGUCUUAAGGCCCAUAAAAGCAAUUAUUUUCAAAGGGAAAAAAGGAGAAUGAAUGAAUUGAAAGAUGGGCAUUCCUUGUAAUGAAAAAGACCCCAUUCACUGUUUAGGUCACUUGCAAAACGUUAGUCUGAUUUACCUUGGGUGUGUGUUUGUAGUCACAAAACUGUGUCUUCUUUGGAAUGCCUCAUCAAGUUGCAAAAUGGAUGUAUGAGGGUGUGGAUAUUGAAAUUGUUACACAAUCUAAAUCUUCAUCACCUUGGAAAAGAACUUUCACUAAAAGGAAUACCAGGAAAUGAGUUUUGGGGACUCUAAAUUUCUAAGACAAUCCACAGUGGUUAAUAUUUCUAGUAAUUGAUCUAUUUGUACAUCUCUUUCCACGAUUUUGUUUUAUGAAGAAACAGUAGUUGUGUGCAUUCAUAGUCGCAAUAUUU